AUGGUUCGACCAACCUCAGCCUCAGCUCCAGCCAAAAAGUUAUCUGUCAAUGUAGCAACUAAGACGCUCGUGCUGGACAAUGGAUCUCAUACUAUUAAAGCCGGAUUCUCCGCACCAGGAGUAGAGCCUGAUCUCAAAGACUGCCAUGUGAUUCCGAAUUGCAUCGCGCGAUCUCAGCGCGACAAGAGAACCUAUAUUGCGGCUGAAUUAGAUGAAUGCAUCGACUUUGGCGAACUUCAGAUUCGCAGACCUGUGGAGCGCGGCUAUAUCGUGAAUUGGGAGGGCGAAAAGGCAAUCUGGGACCGCACCAUUUUGGACAGUCAAAGUCCUGUUCAUUGCGAUCCGUCAGAAUGCAAUUUACUACUCACGGAAGCACCAAAUGCGCCGAGUGCAGUGCAAAGGAAUUCCGACGAAAUGGUCUUCGAGGAAUAUGAAUUUGCAAGUCUGUACAGGACGACUGCGCCUAUGCUUAAUGCCUAUACGCAGUCACCCUUUGCGUCGACCAGUCUAUUGCCAGCAGGCAGUUCGCAAGAAUGUCUCUUGGUCGUAGAUAUAGGCCACUCUCACACCACCGUCACGCCGCUCUAUCAAGGGCAUCCGUUACACCCCGCAUGCCGCAGAUUGGAGAUUGGCGGGAGGCUACUGACGAAUUUACUCAAGGAAAGACUUAGCCGCACGAUGGACAUGCAACGGGAGGAAUGGAUUGUCCAAGAAAUGAAAGAAGAUACAUGCUACGUUGCCGCAGAUCUUGGUGAUUUCAGUGACAGACUAGAGCGUGCCUGGAAAGGCGGCCAGAAGGACCCUCGAGAAGUCGAUGCGAGCGUACUGGUUGACUAUGUUCUGCCCGACUAUGAGCAGCUGAAGCGAGGCUAUGCGAAGCCUUAUGAUGUGAACAAGACAGCACGCAUGCGCCUCGGUAUCGGUGGCGCUGCCGAGCCAGCCAUCACUGUGGGCAAUGAACGCUUUACAGUUCCCGAAUUGCUCUUUGCGCCCAGCGAUAUUGGCAUGCAGCAGGAUGGAAUUCCAGGAGUCAUACUGCAGAGCCUAGAUGCUCUUCCGAAAGGCCUAUGGCAGCCGCUAUUGGCCAGCAUCCUCGUCGUGGGAGGAACCAGCAAGAUGCCUGGACUAGUCGAGCGCCUAGAGCGUGAGCUUCGUAACAAGAUCGAUGAUUCGUAUUCUGUUCGAGUUGUGCGAGCGGAAGACCCUACCAAAAAUGUUUGGCUCGGCGGCGCACGUCUUGCGCAGGACUCUGAGUUGCUACGAUCCCUGUCCGUCACACGUGCGGAAUAUAUUGAGCACGGAGAGCUCUGGACCAGACGCAAGUUCGCGGGGAAAGUCCACAGAUGA